AUGACUUCUCCAGCGAGUAGCCGAACAAUUUUGGUGUUCGACGUCGAUGGAACACUCACUGCUGCUCGUCAGACUAUUACGCCUGAAAUGCGAGAAUUCCUGAUCGAGGCUCGCAAGCGUGUCCCGCUGGCAAUCGUCGGAGGAUCGGACUUUAAGAAGAUCACAGAGCAGCUGGCAGAUCACGAUAAGGAUUUGUUGCUCUCCCUGUUCGACUACACAUUCUCGGAGAACGGGCUCUACGGAUUCAAGGGCACCGAACCGUAUCCAGUACAAUCAAUCCAGAAAGCCAUCGGCGAUGCGAAGCUCCAAGAGCUCAUCAAUUUUGCUCUCCGCUACAUGUCUGACAUUCAACUUCCUGUGAAACGUGGAAAUUUCGUCGAAUUCCGAAACGGGAUGAUCAAUUUGUCGCCUAUUGGACGGAGUUGCUCACAAGAGGAACGAAUGCAAUUUGUGGAGUUUGAUAAGAAGCACGGAAUUCGCCAAAAGUUCACCGAGCAGCUCCGCGAGAAGUUCGGGCAAUACGGGCUCCAGUUUGCAAUCGGAGGACAAAUUAGUGUUGAUGUAUUCCCUACUGGAUGGGAUAAGACCUUUUGUUUGCAAUAUUUAGUGCCAGAUUUCGAUACAAUUCACUUUUUCGGAGAUAAAACCGCGCCUGGCGGAAACGAUCAUGAGAUUUUUGCCGACGAACGGACUGUCGGACAUACUGUUGAAGGGCCAGAAGAUACUCGGAAACAUGUGGAGAAUGUGCUCAAGGAGUUGGAUUAAGCUUAAAUUAUAUUCUUUUUGUUUUUCUAGUUAAAUAUUUAUGUAAUUCUAAAUACUAGUAUUUAUUUAUUGUGAUCCUUUUCAUUCCCACUGGUUUCUUUUUUUUGGAUAAACCGCAGUUCAUUUUUCUGUGAAAUAUGAAUAGUUUAUGAAA